GGGAAUGGCUUUGUUUUGACAAGAUCUUGCAUGGCAUAGGGCUGCAAAAGACGUGGGUAGGGGAAUGUCCUAGCCAUCCUAACUGGCCUUUUGUCUCUUUCCUCCUCAACUCCUUCAGAUGCCCGCCAGGGGUGGUUGGCUGCCCUACAGGACCGAAGCAUCCUUGCCUCCUUGGCUUGGGAUCUGUGUCUCCUGCUACUGUUUGUGGUACAGCACAGCCUCAUGGCAACAGAGGCAGUGAAGGCGUGGACAUCCCGGUACUUUGGCGUCCUGCAGAGGUCUCUCUAUGUGGCGUGCACCGCCCUGGCCUUGCAGUUGGUGAUGCGGUACUGGGAGACGACACCCAGAGGCCCAGUGUUAUGGGAGGCUCAGGCUGAACCAUGGGCCACCUGGGUGCCUCUCUUGUGCUUUGUGCUCCACGUUGUUUCCUGGCUCCUCAUCUUCAGCAUCCUUCUGGUCUUUGACUACGCUGAACUGAUGGGCCUCAAGCAGGUUUAUUACCAUGUGCUGGGACUGGGCGAGCCUCUGUCUCUCAAGUCUCCUCGGGCCCUAAGACUCUUUUCCCACCUCCGACACCCAGUAUGUGUGGAACUGCUGACAGUGCUGUGGGUGGUCCCCACCUUGGGCACUGAUCGACUCCUCCUGGCUCUUCUCUUUACCCUCUACCUGGGCUUGGCUCAUGGGCUUGACCAGCAAGACCUCCGCUACCUCCGGUCUCAGCUACAAAGAAAACUCCAGCUUCUCUCCAGACCCCAGGACGGGGAAGCAAAGUGAGGAGCUAGUUCUAAGCCCUGUAUUUCCUUUCCCACCUCAAGAUCAAAUCCCUUAGCAUCCAGGAAGUGUUUGCUUCAGACCAGAGGUCACGCUCUGAAGGGGCUUGUCCCCUCUCCUGCUUGAGAUCUCAGUUCCAGGGUCCUGAUCCUGAACUCUAAAUUCAGAGUUUCCACCACUGGCCUUCAGAGUCCAUGUCUCACCAACCAAGAAUAGUUUAAAAAACUCUCGAGUCUCCUUUUCUCCGAGAGCAUGGCCUCCACAGACACAGGGUCAGCCUUGAGCACUCACAUCCCUGGCACUGUUAUUGGCUCUGCACCUCAGGGAUUUCCUUCCACGUUUCCACUUCAAGGAGAUGUGUGUCAGGGCCCGUCUGAAAGUUUGUAGGUAGUGGCUCUAUUGUACCACGGCUGUGCUUCUUCCCCACUCCCGCUUUAGGUCCUUUCCUACCGCUCUGUGGUGUCUCCUACAACGAUGUCUCCCGAUUUUAACUCGGGUUGACUAAAGGCUCCCUGUUCUCCCAAAGGAUAUGCGCUGCAGAAAAAUUAAAAAUUUUAUACAUAGGA